UUGACUCGUAUUCUUACUCGACACGUACAAUCCUGAACAGAAACUGCCCGCCAACACGCCCUUUCUUUGAUCAUCCCGUCUGAGUAGUCCGUCUGCGAACCUCGUCUCGAGUCGAGCUCUCCCGAGAGCUCCUUUGCUGGCGUGCAGGAAGACUGCCCCAGCAUUCUGGUAACAUCACUUGAAUGCCUGCAAAGAAGAAGGACAAAAAUGCCAAAGAUAGUGGUGGUGUUGUUGCGGCGGUGACGAAACAUGCUGCCAAGUUCUCAAAUGGCAACGCAAAUGAACCGUCUCCAGCCAUGCCUGAAUCCCCCCCAAACUCAGACUCGCCCGACAUGCAGCCUGCGACCCCGGCUUCGAUCCCAACGAACGGGGUCUCUGCUACCGAGGCCUCGCCGCUUCUAGAUGCUGUUUCGGGUACGUCGGUUGCGACCAGCACGGCGCCAAGUGAAUGGGCCAAAAACCAUGGAGUGUUUGCCGGCUCGCCCAACUUAAUCAGCCUGAUGGGUGAAUCACCUCCAACUCAGCCAUCAUCGUACGAAGAUCAAAGAGUGUCACCUUACACGUGGAAUGGCCAACGACCCUUCGCUAAUAGCCAGGGUUAUUCGGCGUCUCCUCCAACUGGCUCAAGGCGUCCGUUGAGCUUCCAGAUGGAUGCCCAUUACGCAGCGAAUGACGUUAGGUCCCAAGCCUCGUCACCUCCAGGCGCCCGAAGAAGCUCGAUGCAUUCGCCGUUCGCCCAACCGCGGGUUGGAGGCCAGCCGCCUUUGCCCCACCAGCCCCAGGCCCAUUUCUAUGGCGCUCCUGAUAUUGAUUUUGAUUUAAACCCGAAAAGCGGUCUGAAGGCAGGCGAGCGCGGAUAUUACUUCGGCUUCGAUACCUGGCCAGCGCCAAGUGGCGCAAUCAGCCUUGGUAUUAGUACCGUUGCUCUAGCAGGCUACGAAGGCGGCUUGGACAUCUACUCGGUUUCUAAGCGCGGGGUAGAGCUCCUCACGAGUUUGAAAGGUCUUCGAGGUGGUGUCUACAAUGCCAAGAUCUUGCCCUGGAAUGGGGUUGGAGAUCAAUAUGGGCUGUUUCCAUUGAUAGCCGUCGUGGUUCAUGGGCCGGUCAUGCCUACACCACCUGCGCCUGAGAUAUCGGGUGAGACACACUACGAUGCCGGAACAAGUCCGAAGAUGGAUGGAAUCAAUACCCCGCAGUCUGACACCAAUCAGAGGCUGAUCGGCGGAGGAAAGUCUGCACCAGCUGUCGAGGCCUAUCAGACGACCGUUGAAGUCUACUCAUUGAGAACGAACAGACCAGUUGGUACUUUGUUGCAAGCAUCGAGGAUCCCAUUCAAGACUUCAACAACAAACCCGGCAUUUAGAAGGCCGCCUCCCACCGGCGCCUUCCAGAUCCGCGCCGAUGACGGAACAGUUGUUGUGUCUUCCGGUACUACCGGCGAAUGUUGGGUCUAUCGGCAAUUCUUGUGCGAACUGGAGCCCGGAUUUGAAUUCCGAUGUGUAGGGAAAAUCUGGACAACCCUCCAGCAGGCGCGCAAGGGGGAUUCAACGCCCGAAGAGGACAGGAGCCGCAGUCCAGUCCCUCCUCGACAGAGCCCACAAACACCAAUUGUGGCCAUGAGUGGGAGAUGGCUUGCAUACUGCCCACCGGCUCCAUCUUCCCAAAUUGCCCUCAAUGCCGUCAUUGGAGUUCCCGCCGAGGGCAAAGCUCCUGGCUUGGCGACACUCACAUCACCCGUUCUGCCAAGUGAGAGCUCCGAGGUAGACCAGCCCAUCUCAGACGGAGUGAUGAAUAAAAUCAUGCGAGAAACUACACAGGAGGUUAUACAAGGAGCCCGCUGGGUAGGGAAGCAAGGAAUGCAGCUCUGGAACAAUUACUGGAAACAGCCGGGCCCUGCACCUCAAAGCCGGACUCCCGCCAUUGGCUCUCCGCCUGGAUGGGCUGCAAGCUACGCUGGCAGGACCGAUGCUUCGCAGUUCCCUCCAACUUAUGGCGUAUCUGGGCAAGCAGUUACGAAGGAUCCUGGCCUCGUGUCAAUCCUGGACUUGGAAAGCUUGGAAAAUUCGACGUCAAUUCACCAUGUCACUACGUUCAAGACUCCCCUAGGUUGCAGCUUUCUUUCCCUUUCUCCCACUGGGCUUUCCCUGUUCACGGCGAGUAGCAAAGGAGAUGUGCAGACGGUGUGGGAUUUGAUGCGCAUUCAAUACAGCAAAUCGUCCGCGUUGCAAAACUCGCAACCGAACAAUGGCCAUACCACACGGGUUAGGCAAAUUGCUCAGUUUUCGCGCAUGACUGUUGCUAGAAUUGUCGAGGUCGCUUGGGCGAAGCCGAACGGGGAGCGCGUUGCUAUGGUCACUGAGAGAGGAACAGUCCAUCUUCUCGACAUGCCUCCCAGUGCGUAUACCUGGCCACCUCCUCGUAGGAGAGCCAAAGCACAGGAGUCGGGGGCCGGGGGCGCUGAAAAUGCACCUUCUGCGGCCUCGAUAGCUUCCACGGCUCUGACGUCGGCUUACGACGCUGCGCGACCUCUGAUCAACCGCCAAAGUCGAAGCAGCUCCAACACCCAAAACGCAUCUAGCAUAAUGGACCAUGCUAGUUAUGGUGGAAAGUUCAUUGCUGCUGGCAUCAGCCAUUCUCUGGGCAAUGCUGGGACUGCUAUCAAUCAGCUACGACAACAAGGAGAGAACCGCGUCAGUCUUCCCAUGACUAAUGCGACUCCAGGAAUAUCAUGCGUCACGUGGACCACUGGCAAAAGGUCACACACGUUGUACGUUGCGGGCGCCGGCCUGGUCAGAAGCUUCCCAAGCAAGACGCGUAAGACCACGUCCGGCAAAGAUAGACCUAGAAUUCCUUGCGGAAACCGAUACAAGGACUACAAGCUAGAGGCGCUGCCCGAUGACAUGAUCGCUCCUGUCAUCAGGCGCAUCGUCGACGAUGAGGACUUGGAUCUCAUAAACCCAGACUUGGAUGGCGGAAAUCCACUCGUUUUUAAUACGCGCCAGCGGCUAUCGGGAUCUGACCUCGGGCCUGAGUCGUCGAUCCCGCAAGCUGAGAUAGAGUCCAGUGCGCCGUAUCAACCAUUCCACACUGAUCGGCGAGUUGCUCUCUACGAGUAUGGUAUCGACCCGGUGAAGUCUUCUCUUAUCACCAUCACUCAAUUGCUGGAUGCUACAACUUUGGAUGAAAACGUAUCACCUGCACGAACUAAGAAAAGGCACCAGCCUAAGCCUUCUGGGAAGCAACAAGCAUGGGCCUUUGGCCAGAAAAUUGACGCCGUGAAGGUGGACGUGGGCCUAGUAGUAACGGAAGAAGUCGACUUUAUCAACGGCACAGACGAUCACCGUGCUUUACCGGCCUCGGCUAUUGAACGAGUCUUGCAGGUCGGUGACAAUGACGAGCAGAUCGUGGUGACAACGCGCCGACGCAGGGGUGGAAACCGUGCAUCGGAUCUCGACGAGGACGGUUUCUUUGAGGAUGAUUGUGAAGUGCUUGACUUUGCGGACCAGAGAGUUUAAGGUCUCUCCUCUGUAGACGACGAUGCGACACACGUGAUUUUGCCUGUGCUGGAUGUUCAGGUUUUGUCAGGGAUAUAGACGGAGGCAUGCGUGGACUGUUUCUUCUGCUUGCGUGAUUCUGCAUGCAUUUGAUCGAACAGUAUCGUGCCGGAUGUGUUCUAGGACUUCACUUUUUGAGUCGGGCGACGAUAUAAAUUAUCGAAUUUUGCCCUUCUUUUGAGUUGAAUGCGGCCUAGACACCACGGGGCCAGGGGUUCACAUGCGUGUAGAGCAUUCUUAAGACUUCGAGACUGGUACAGUUCGGAGCAAAAGAUAGGAGUUGUACGCGACUCAAUUAGAUACCAUUAACUCCACCUCUUU